CAGGCGCGGGCUGGGGAGUCCGCAGCCCCCGCAGCCCCCGCAACCCCGGCGCCGGGGAGCGCAGCCGGCGGGCCCGAGGCCACAAAAGGACUCCGCCGAGCGCGCUCCGCAGGCCAGCGGGAUCCGUCGGCCGGCGCGGGGGCGCUCCUGCCCCGCCCCUCGCCGCGCGCCCCCCACCCCGCCCCCGCCCCGGGGGUGGGGUGGGGGCGGGGAGGAGGGGGGUGGGGCGGGAGCGAGGGCGGCGCCUGCGUGCUCCCCGGCCGCGAGCCCCGCCUCCCCGGCCCCGCGCGGCGCUCGCGGCUCUCCUGCGCGGCUGCGACGCCGCCUGCACUCGGCCCGGCGGCGGGCUCCCUCUCAGGGCGGCCGGGCGCUCCCGCAGAGGGGACUACGCGCACCCGGCGGCCCGCCCGCCUCGGCCCCCGCCCUCGCAGCCUCGCGGCCUCCGCUGCGUCUCCCGCGCUCUGCCCGCGCCGCCGCUUUGUGCGGGGACAUGGUGUAGCGCCGGCCGCCGGAGGAGGAGCCGCGCGCCGGCCGCCGUCCGCCGUCCGCCAGCCGCGUCCCCGCCCCCGGAGGAGAGGCCCCGGCUCGCGCCCCCCGCGUUCCCGGCCGCCGGGGAGCCGCGGGCCGCCGGCACCAUGAGUGAACAGAGUAUCUGUCAGGCAAGAGCUGCUGUUAUGGUGUACGAUGACGCCAACAAGAAGUGGGUACCCGCUGGUGGCUCCACGGGCUUCAGCAGAGUUCACAUCUAUCACCACACAGGCAACAACACGUUCCGAGUGGUGGGCAGGAAGAUUCAGGACCAUCAGGUGGUGAUAAAUUGUGCCAUCCCCAAGGGGUUGAAGUACAAUCAGGCUACACAGACCUUCCACCAGUGGCGAGAUGCUCGACAGGUGUAUGGCCUCAACUUUGGCAGCAAGGAGGAUGCCAAUGUCUUCGCAAGUGCCAUGAUGCACGCCUUAGAGGUGUUGAAUUCCCAGGAAACAGCCCAGAGCAAGGUUGCUGCUACCCAGGACAGCACUAAUUUGCGAUGUAUUUUCUGUGGGCCAACAUUGCCUAGACAAAAUUCUCAACUACCUGCCCAAGUUCAAAAUGGCCCAUCACAAGAGGAAUUGGAAAUUCAAAGAAGGCAGCUGCAAGAGCAGCAGCGACAAAAGGAGCUGGAGCGCGAGCGCGUGGAGCGGGCGGAGCGCGAGCGGCUAGAGCAGGAGCAGCUGGAGCGGGAGCAGCGGGAGCGCGAGCGGCAGGACCGGCUGGAGCGGGAGCGGCUGGAGCGGAUCGACCGCGAGAGAGAGCAGCGGGAGCGCCAGGAGCAGCGGGAGCGGCAGGAGCAGCGGGAGCGUGAGCGGGAGCAGCGGGAGCGGCAGGAGCAGCUGGAGCGCGAGCAGCUGGAGUGGGAGCGCGAGCGCAGGCUGUCGGCCGCCGCUCCAUCCUCCGACAGCUCCCUGUAUAACGCGCCACUUCCUGAGUAUGCCAGUUGCCAGCCUCCUUCGGCACCUCCUCCAUCCUAUGCUAAAGUCAUCUCAGCUCCGGUGUCGGAGGCCACUCCCGACUAUGCUGUAGUGACCGCUUUGCCACCUACUUCCACACCCCCUACACCACCACUUCGACACUCAGCGACACGUUUUGCAGCAUCUGUAGGUUCAGCCUUCCACCCUGUUCUUCCCCAUUACGCUACAGUUCCUCGUCCUCUGAACAAAAACUCUCGGCCUUCUUCUCCUGUGAACACACCCUCCUCUCAGCCUUCAGCUGCGAAGCCCUGUGCCUGGUCUACUUCCACUGUUUCGCCCCUCCCUCCGUCUCCUCCAGUAAUGAUUAGCAGCCCCCCAGGCAAAGCGACUGGGCCCAGGCCUGUCCUUCCUGUUUGUGUUUCUUCUCCUGUGCCCCCAAUGCCUCCAUCACCAACAGCACCCAAUGGGCCGCUUGACUCUGUCCCAUGUCCAGUGUCUCCGCCGCCUACCUCAGGGCCAGCAGCGCCGCCACCGCCGCCUCCGCUGCCUUCCCUCGCACCGCGCUCACACUGUGGAUCUCAAGCCUCUCCUCCUCCAAGCACCCCUCUUGCCUCAACUCCCUCAUCCAAGCCUAGUGUUCUCCCUUCUCCCUCUGCAGCUGCCCCUGCCUCUGCGGAGACUCCUCUAAACUCUGUGCUGGGGGACUCCUCUGCUUCUGAGCCAGGCUUGCAGGCAGCCUCUCAGCCGGCCGAGACUCCAGCCCAACAGGGCCUUGUCUUGGGACCACCAGCACCUCCGCCCCCCCCACCGCUCCCCCCGGGGCCAGUGCCGGCUCCAGCAGCGCUGCACCCCCACCCGGGGCCUCCGCCCCCACCUCCACUCCCUGCUGCAGGGCCUCCGCCCCCACCCCCACCACCCCCUCUUCCUAAUCAAGCACCCCCGCCUCCCCCUCCGCCUCCUGCUCCCCCCCUCCCUGCAUCUGGAUUUUUUGCCGGAUCUGCAUCUGAAGACAAUCGCCCUUUGACUGGACUUGCGGCUGCCAUCGCUGGAGCGAAACUGAGGAAAGUGUCCCGGAUGGAGGAUGGCUCUUUCCCAAGCGGAGGGACUACUGUUGGUGUGAACGCGGCCUCCUUGAAGUCGGACACGGGCCGUGGGAAUGGACCCCUUCCUUUAGGAGGCAGUGGGUUGAUGGAAGAAAUGAGCGCCCUGCUGGCCAGGAGGAGAAGAAUUGCUGAAAAGGGAUCAACAAUAGAAACAGAACAAAAAGAGGACAAAAACGAAGAGUCAGAGCCUGUAACUUCUAAGGCCUCGUCAACAAGUACACCCGAACCAACAAGAAAACCUUGGGAAAGAACAAAUACAAUGAAUGGCAGCAAGUCACCUGUUAUCUCCAGACGGGAUUCUCCAAGGAAAAAUCAGAUUGUUUUUGACAACAGGUCCUAUGAUUCAUUACACAGACCAAAAUCUGCACCUUCAUCACAGCCCAGUGCCAACGGCGUCCAGACGGAGGGGCUAGACUACGACAGGCUGAAGCAGGACAUUUUAGAUGAAAUGAGAAAAGAAUUAACAAAGCUAAAAGAAGAGCUCAUUGAUGCAAUCAGGCAAGAACUGAGCAAGUCCAAUUCUGCGUAGAGAGACGAACCGAGGAGGAAUAGGACUCUAGUCUGGAGAAAGAGCCCUGUGAACGACAGCUGUUAACAACAAAUCCCUACAUUUGUGAGCUGCGAGAAGAAAGUGGAGACAAACAGUUGGAAGAGGAAAACCAACAUCCUCACGAGCCUUCAGACGCAUUAUUCUGGCGAUAAGCUAUUUCCCUCCCAGUUUGCUGCUUUUUUCUGACCUUUUCAACAGGAUGAAAGAGUCGGAUAUGAAUUCCUGUUUCCUAGUUAUGCAGAAAAUACUAAACCUAUCAGGCAAGAUCGCCGUGCAUUGAAAUAUUUUCAUGUCAAGACAAAAAUCGCACGUUUUUCACAAUCCAUUGCUAAAAUAAAGAGGAGAAAGGCUUAAGAAGUUUGUUUUCAGAGAGUGCUGACGAAGAAAUGAGCAAGUUACACUCUUGUAUUGUAAAUGUUUCUCAGGUUUGUCUUCCUAUCACAUUUGAUAUUCCGUGAGGGAUGGAGAUCAGCCCUGUGUAGGUUAAGAUCCUAAAAUGUGGAACAAAUGGAAUUGUAUGUGCUUUCCAAGGGUGAUAUUUAUAAGAAAGUGUCCUAAAAAUGGUUUGUCUGGCUUGAGGAAUUUUAGAAUGAUAGGAAGUCUCUCGAGUUAGCCUUCAUGCAAUUUUGUAGAUUAAAACAUAAAAUUCGUCCAGAAUUUAAAGAUAUAGAUGCCUUCCUAAAUUGUUAAAAUGCUUUACCAAAUCUGUGACUCCUACAUAACACACCAGUGGUCAAAUGUAAAACAAUAUAUUGUAGACUUACUGUAGGUUUUCAACCUUUUUUAGAUUUAUGCAUGUGGACAUUUUUAUAAUGUAAUUACAACCACCACAAAAUUAGCUUUUUUAAUUGCAGACAAUAAUGCAUGUCCCACUAAUACGUAGUGGCCCUUUCAAGGCCUGGUCCCAGGGAAAACCUUUUGUAGAGUUUGGGGGAGGCGGGAGGAAGGGAAGGAAUAAUUUUUCUUUUAAAGUUAAUUUCUGCACUUUUUUUUCUCAAUUACCUGCAUGAAUAAUAAUGAGGACUAUUUUGUGACUUCAAUUGGUAAAUAUGUGAGCAGAACCAAUUACUCAAUCUUUUACAUCAUGUGUUCAGCUGUUCGUAUUUUAACUUGAGUAAUUUCAAUGGUCUGAAACAUGAUUCUGAGCUUCCCAGGGAUUAUGUCGUACUGCGGAACUCGAAAUUCCAAUCCCUGAAUUUGGCAGUUGCUUUACUACCUAGGUGCCCUGCAGUUGGACAGGUAUGUGUUCCUGACCGAGAAGCUGCUUUUGAAUUUUGUUACGUGGAAACACGAAGUAGUUGAUGUCCGCAGGAACUGAGGUCACGGACACCAUACAGCAGAGGGGACCAGCGAGGGGCUCUGCGUGGUUGUCUUGUUGUGACCGAGCGAGACUCAGGUGGUGAAAAGAAGGACCUAGAUCCCCGCUCACCCCCACGCGGGUGUGUGUGGGCAUAACCCAUGACCUUCUCCUGGAAACUCGCGAAGAUUAAAAUAGGGGAGAAAUCCUAUAUGUUGCAAUGAUAGAUUUUUUUUUUCUUAAUUUAGGAAAUCACAAAUUCUCCAGGCUCUCCAUCUUGAUUUAUGCUUCAGUUAUGUGCCAUAUUUGCUUUGAAAUCUUUGAUUAUCUGAAGUUUUUACUAAAAUUUUGAAGAAAUAAUCCAUUUUCAUCUGCUUUCUAGAUUUUGUAACCUCAGUCGGUCAGACAGAGCUUGUCGGUAGCAUAGUUUACCAUUCAAAAGGGUUUGAGUGAGGAAAUUGUUUUCCUUGUUAAAUAGUUCCUGUUUCUGUAGAGAGUUCAGUUUUAGAUUAAUCUGUGAUGGAUGAGCUAUCCUAACUGUGCAGUUCUCUGUCAACCACUCAUCGUCAGGCAGCAGUAGGAAAGGCAUUCAAGCUGCAGCCAGCCUCUAACGUACUGUCUUCUAGAAGAAAGCAGAGGCACUUUGAUCUUUAUUUUUGUCCUUUUGGUUAUACAAACACUUGGAUGGUGUAAACACUCCUGUCCCCUAUAAAUCAGGUGAGCAAUCACUUGAUUUUUGUCGGUGAAGUUAGUCUCUAGUAGGUUAGAGUACUGGGUACAAGUGGUCCAAAGUCAGCGAAGAGACUAGAGCCGCACGCUGGACCUUAGUGAGGGGCUGCUGUCUGCGCUUGCUGUCUCGUGCCUUGGUCUGGUCCUCCCAGGAUGUCCAUGUGACAGGACAGAGCCAAUGCUGGGUCACAUCGUGGUCCAUUCGUGUGCGUUCGCCCGGAUCACUCAACGUGUUCUUCCCAAUCACUGUACAUGUUGGCUGUCCAGCGGGACAGUUUUUGUCAUCAUUAGAGAUUUCAGUAAUUAAAAUGGGAAGCAGAAGCCUAAGUGACUUUCCUUAGCGAGGUGAUGUUCCCUGGAGCCCGUCAUGCCCAUGGUGAUCAUGCUGUGCUCACUGGGUGUCGGAAGCUGCGUGCAGUUCAGGGGGUCCUUUCUGACGACAGAAAGGCGCUUCUUUCCUCAACACUGUGAUGUGACCCAUGACAAAUCUGUCCUACAUGCUCUGUACAUGGCCAGCAGCCCAUUGCAAACCAACUGAAUGUACACAUUUUAACGCGGUGCUGACAUCUCCCCCGAGUAUCGUCGUGGUUUCCCGGUUUGUCCGCAGUUUGCAAGCCUCACGCGUCAGUCCGGACUGAAGAUGAAACACUGAUGAAUGUUGGACUCUCAUGCUUUAGGUGUGCUUCCUUUUUCAAUUGUUCGGUUCUCUGCUAUUUUUACCGUACUGUUUCAUUUCAAUUUCCUACACGCUAACUUUGUUUGUGUGAUUGAAAUAAACUUGCAGUAUAUACA